AUGGCUACGAAUGUAGUGGUAGUGCAACACGCGGCGAUAAACGGUGGCUGUUGCAAAAAGGGGCCGGGAUAUGCGCUUUCGCUUGAAGCCAUGACUGGCUCAAGGGAAUCUCUUAUUUAUGUCACAUGUGUUUAUACAUAUUGUCCUCGUAUAAAUGAGAGGUUCUUUGGUCCAGUUCUUGCAAAUCUCCCAAGAGCAUUGGUGGCUUUGUUUCAUCCAUCAUCUAUACUGGACCUAAUGAUAGGUGAUAGGAGCGAGAAAGCUUCUAUGUCCAUUAUCUCAAUUCCCUUGUCACCCUUUCUUGUUGUAGCUAAAGACAAGUCCAGCUUAUGGUUAGAGGGCCCUUCAAAAGGAUUGGGACGGAUGACGCUUGGAACUUCAAGGUAG